UCUUUUAACUAUUAAAGAUUGAGGUUGUGGUGACUCAGUAGUUCACUCAGUAUAUCUGGGUAAGACAUGGUGAACGAAUCACUGCUGGCAUUCAUGAAGAAGUCAUAAACUCCACUGGAAUAAUAAAUAGGAUCUAAUAAAACCAUGAGUGGAAAUUAUUGGUGCAAGUUUGUUAGCAUAGGCUUCCUCCAACCUGGAACUAUAUCCUCCAGUCCACGCGGUGGCGGUAACGCGCCUAACAGCUGCGUCUCCGACCAGUAGAAAUCACAGAAGAAAAAGCUGCAGCGGGUAUCUCCUGAGCAGUUGAGUUAUUAAACCGAGCUAAUCACCUCCAUAUUAAAUUAUUUCUGACAAAGUUUUGCAGUUAGAUUUGAUCGAGUUUAAAAAUAAAACCUGAUUAUUUUGUCUGUGUUUGAGGAAUUAAAACUCCGUUCUGUUUUUAAACCCGAGAAAUGUUGUCAUGAGUUCAGCAGGAGACAGACAGCACUCUUUCAGAAAGUCUUGGGCUCCUGAUCCAGCUCACUCACAGUUGUCUGAGGAUGUGAAAAGAGAGUGUUUAGAUGAAGGGACAGAAGUGUGUGUGAAGAAGGAGGAGAUGCUGCAGCUGAACAUCUACAACCAUGGACACGCCUUCAACACCAUGCCUGAAGUUCUCUCCAUUAAAGAGGAAGAAUCUGACACCGAAGACUUCCUCUACUGUGAAGUCUGCAAAUCGUUCUUCUUCAACAAGUGUGAGAUUCACGGUCCAGCACUCUUCAUCUCUGAUAGCCCUGUUCCCAUGAGGGUCGUUGACCAAGCCAGACAGACUCUUCCUCCUGGAUUAGAGAUAUACAGGAGCAGGCAGCGUGAAGAAUACAUAGAUGCUAAGAGAGAGACGUAUGCUAACUGGAUGAGGUUUGUGAAUUGUGCUCAUAAUGAUGAAGAGCAGAAUCUUGUGGCGUUUCAGUAUCGAGGGGAAAUUCUGUACCGUUGUUGUCGGCCCAUCGACCCAGUACAGGAGCUCUUGACGUGGUAUGAAGAGGAAUAUCCCAAAGAUCAGGGCCCUACAUUUGUGUACCUCUGGAACCAAAAGUGCUCUGCAAAUGAAGUAAAUAACUCUCCGUUACAAGUUGUCUCCUGCUCCUUGUGUCCACGUUCCUAUACUUCUCAACUUUACUUCGACAAACACAUGCGGAGACACCACCACGAGGAGUAUGUGAGACUUCAGAAAUCAGGAGAGGUUCAGAUGUCCACAAAAGGCACCCGUAAUCAGCGAGCAUCUCUGGUACUCUAAGUCCUGACACAUUUCCGAAAGAUAUUCACCACUGCUCAGAGUGUGGAAAGAGUUUUACUCAUCCGAGUUCUCUACAACGACACCAGCGUAUUCACACAGGAGAGAAGCCUUAUCACUGCUCAGAGUGUGGAAAGAGUUUUA